AUGGAUCCAAACAGGUCGGGGACACAUAAUGGCCAGAAUAGUCCGCAGCCUGGCCCCUUUGGCUAUUCUUUUCUCUCCCCUACAGAUACCCCAUUCGAACCUGCUCCUGCGCCACCUCCCGGGCCGGCGCUCUUGGAUCAAGAUGAAUCAUUGAUGCUGGAUAACUUCUUUACUACGAUGAACUCCAAUCAGCUCUCCAGUGACUUUUGGCUGCAGAGUCAAUCAAAUAAGCCAUUUGGCACCGCCAAUUUCGACUUCUCAGACGAACUCCUCCCCCCGACUUUCGAAGGGUCCACGACCUCUCUUUCAUCACAACCCUCCCUCUCUCAUCGCAGCAUAGACAAACCGCUCAUGGACGUAAUGCCGGGGAACCUGAGUGCCAACUCAGAUAUAUUCGCGGCUGCUUCCAUGCUAUACCAUAAUGGAAUACACGGGGCCGAUUUCAAUACCAACUUAGGAUCUCAUUCAUACCCAUCCCCUGACAUAGAUUUCAACAGCCUCAGAAUGUCCACUCAUGGCAAAUUCCAACCGCAACCCAGCCAUGUGCCCUUGAAACAACCCAACAGCUCAUCCCGUCCUCGGUUACCCCAUGGGUACCACACCUCAGAGAUGCUCUUCGAUGUCCGUGAACCGAUAUCCCCCGAGCAACAGCAGACCGCCAAGGUUCGUCCACUGCAUUGGGGCUCGGAUGAAAGUUUUGUGGAUCAAGGAUACAUUGCACCGCCGGAUCAGCCAGAUGAAGAGCAGCGCACGAAAGAGCUGCUCGGUCACUUGGCAUGCUUUGAAGCCCAAAGCAGUGCUGCAAACACCCGAGCGCCGAGCCCAGUACGCAUCACCGGAAACUAUGAUGCAACAUGGACUGAUACAGAUGCGGCUGGACAACUCAGCAAUUUGCGCAGAGAGUUCAAGGACAGCAUGGAAGAUCUUUCCCAACCUAAGAAGAAGCAAAGAGUUUUGGUCAAGGAGGAAGAAGAUGAAAAUUCAGACGAGGAAAGCUCGCGGCCACGAUCGAAAAAGUCCAAGGCUUCGUCAUCAAGGCGAAUGUCACAUGACGCCGUUCGGAAACCAAGGCUUUCCCAAGGUCCAAAGCCCGCACGAGAGAACCUGACCGAAGAACAAAAGAGAAGCAACCAUAUUCUUUCGGAGCAAAAGCGAAGAAACUUGAUCAGACAAGGGUUCGAUGAUCUGUGCACCCUUGUUCCUGGCCUAAAAGGCGGUGGUUUUAGCAAAAGCGCAAUGCUCACGCAGGCGGCUGACUGGUUGGAAGAAGUAUUGCGCGGCAAUGACAUCCUCAAAGCACAGCUAGCGGAGUUAAAGGCCAUGAAUGGUUUGGUGAUGCCUCGGUAG